AUGGUGAAUACAGAGUUUAAGAAAAAGAAGGGUUUUGGAGCGAAAUGGCUUUGUAUUGUUGUUCCUCUUAUUGCUGUCAUUGUUGCGAUUGCGGUUUCUUCCAAAAAUUCGUCCAAAAUUUCUCUCGUUGGAGUCAUUGGGAAAGCGUGUCAGUGUGCUCGGGGUACACCGAAGUAUAGUGGUAUUGUGGAGGAUUGUUGUUGUGAUUAUGAAACUGUAGACCGUCUUAACAAGGAAGUGUUGCACCCAUCUCUUCAAGAGCUUGUGAAAACUCCGUUCUUUCGGUAUUUUAAGGCCAAGCUAUGGUGUGACUGCCCUUUUUGGCCUGAUGAUGGUAUGUGCCGGUUGCGGGACUGUAGUGUAUGUGAAUGCGCAGAAAAUGAAUUCCCGGAGUCAUUUAAGAAGCCUAAUCGCCUUCCGUUGAAUGAUCUUGUUUGUCAAGAAGGAAAACCUGAGGCAGCAGUUGACCGUACUUUGGAUAGUAAAGCUUUCAGAGGAGGAUGGACAGAAAUAGACAAUCCAUGGACUAAUGAUGAUGAGACUGACAAUGAUGAGAUGACAUAUGUGAAUCUUCUACUGAAUCCUGAAAGAUAUACCGGUUACACUGGUCCAUCUGCAAGAAGGAUAUGGGAUGCUGUCUACUCUGAGAACUGCCCCAAAUAUCUUUCACAAGAAUCAUGCCAGGAGGAAAAAAUAUUGUAUAAAUUGAUAUCAGGUCUUCACUCCUCCAUAUCAGUACAUAUAGCCUCCGAUUACCUAAUUGACGAAGCUAAGAAUAUGUGGGGCCACAAUCUUACUUUGAUGUAUGACCGUGUCAUACAAUACCCUGAUCGUGUCAGAAAUUUGUAUUUCACUUUUCUCUUUGUCCUGCGAGCAGUGACCAAAGCUGCAGAUUAUCUCGAGCAAGCUGAGUACAAUACUGGUAACACUAAUGAAGACCUGAAAACAGAAUCCUUGAUUAAACAGCUACUUUAUAACCCCAAACUUCAAGCUGCGUGUCCAGUUCCAUUCGAUGAAGCUAAGUUGUGGAAAGGCCAAAGUGGACCUGAGCUCAAACAAAAAAUUCAACAUCAAUUCAGAAACAUCAGCGCAUUGAUGGAUUGUGUAGGGUGUGAGAAGUGUCGAUUAUGGGGAAAGCUUCAGGUUCUUGGUCUUGGAACUGCAUUAAAGAUUCUCUUCUCUGAUGAUGGUCAAGAAAACAUGGUUCAAACACUGCAACUUCAAAGGAAUGAAGUAAUUGCAUUGAUGAAUCUUCUCAAUAGACUGUCAGAGUCUGUCAAAUUUGUUCAUGAAAUGGGACCUACCGCCGAAAGACUCACAGAAGGAUAUCUUUUUGGCAACACAAAAGUUCUUAUUAGCUCCUUGAAAAAAAUUUGGUACAGAAUACUUCAAACUUAG